AAUAUUUUACAGGCGUUUAGAAAUUUACAACAUGAACUGGUCCAUGGAUGAGGGCCUAGACAACAUGAUCAUCAGUGGAGCCCUGUACGGAGUGCCUAUUGCUGUGGUGCGGGACCGGAAGCAGUUUGGCAGGAUUGCAACCACUGCCAAACCUGUCAUAACAAUUUACAACUGUGUAGGGAAUGUUAUAUCAAAGAUUUUGUGGAACAGCGGAGUCCUGGUCCACAUGGGCUGGUCGGACGGGGAGCAGCUGCUGUGUGUGCAGGAGAGCGGAGAUGUGCUCGUUUAUGACAUGUUUGGCGCCUACCAGAAGACAUUCAAUAUGGGGCAAGAAAUUAGGGACACUAAGGUCAGCAAAGCACAGCUGUUCCCAAAUAGGACUGGCUCUAACACCAACCGCUGAGCAACAUCUCCGAGCCCAAAGUCAGGCCCGUACCAGAUCUGCCACAUGACGACACAGAGACUGUAAGGAACGUUUGUCUUAUGCUUCUGGCAUAUGUCAGAAACGUAUCGCCGGCUCGAAAACGGAAAGGCGCAGUGGCUCUGAAGUUUUCUCGCGCGGAAAUAUGCGACGGAUUUUUCAAACAAGUGUCAUCAGAAGCACAUGUCAUUAGCUACAUAAUCGAGAAGAGAGAACAAUACAUGAAAUAGAAGUGGACUAUGCAGCCAUUUGUUAUUUUACUAUUUUUUGUUACUAUUCGUACACUCAGUAUUUUUUUGUAUUUGUCUAUUAUUCUUUUGGAACAUAUGUACACCCUUAAAACAUGUCUUAAAUCAGAAAUAAUAGUAACACAAUUUACAAUUACAGAAGUAACAAGUGAAUGUCAUUAUUGUUUUAGUCACUAGAGUCCUAGAUCAGUCAACAGAGUGAUCACUACCUGUGA